AUGUUAUACGUUACAUUUAAUUUGAAAGAUAAAUAAAAUGAUCUCUUUUGUANUAAUUAGAGAUAAUCAAAAAUUUAAUUACCCUCAGAUCAUUUUGAAGAACUUUUUUAGAUAGAUUCUAAAGAUAAUUAAACAAAUAGAAAUAUUAAACUAUUAAGACAGGAACUUUAGACUAAAUUUUUAGAAGAUAUUUAAUUAGAAGAUUAUUAUUUUUAAUAAAUUACUUUUUUUAAACUUAAUUUUAUUUAAUAGUUUCCAAAAAAUUAAUAAUCUCAAGUAACAGAAUAGAUUUAAGAAUUAAUUUCUAUUUGGAAUAAAGGACAUUUAUCUUUUUCUGAAAGAAUAGAUUAUAUUAAGAGAGUAAUCAACAGUUCAAAUUCAAUUUUAGAAUUAGGGUAGAUUUUGGAAGAAUGUUUAAUCUAUUAUUAAUAAAGUAUGUAUUUUUCAUUAAAAUUUAUAGAUGAAACAUUAAUAGAAAAACUUUAGUAAAGAUAAUCAUUUAGAUCAUAAAUUCUAAAAGAAAAUUAUUUAUGCUAAAAAAAUAAAAAAAUAUUUGUUGCAUUAAGAAGUUUAACUAAUGAAAUUAAAGGUUUACUAAAAUACAAAUUCUUUUGGAGAGAAGUUGAUGUUGAUUAGAUUAUAAUGAUUGAUUAAUUUGAGUAACAUCUCAUUGAAAGAGAGGAAAUGAAGGAAGAAAUAAAAAAGAAAGUCGAAAAAAAGUUUAAAUGA